AUGCUCGAAGUCGUGGAGCUCAUCGGGGACGAGGAGAAGGCGGAGCUCCACGAGGUGCGCCGGAUCCGCGCGCGGCGGCUGAAGGAUGGCCAGGAGGGCUGGGUGACCGUGAAGGGGAACAACGGCACCGUUUUCCUGCAGCCUGGGGGGGACCGCCUCUCCGUGGUCAAGGAAACCUCCCUGACGGAGUCCGUGUCCGUCACCGGCCAGGAUGCUUUGCGCCAGCUGAGAGUGGGGGAGGUCUUGGACAUCAUGGGCGAGGAAUCCGUGGAGGAGGCGUCUGGUCUCCUGCGGGCCAGGGUCCGUGCUCAGGCGGACGGCAAGGUGGGCUGGGCCACAAAGGUUGGUAGCACGGGCACCGCCUUCCUGCGCCAGCUCUGA